AUGCGGGGAAUCACCUCGUUUUGUGCUGUCUUCCUUGCUGCUGCGGCGCAGGCCAGAUAUAUUGUGCCCGGAGGCCGAUGGCGAGAUACCAACGGGGACCUGGUCAAUGCUCAUGCUGGAGGUCUUCUCUAUGACGACAAGUCGGGCAAAUUCUGGUGGUUUGGCGAGUACAAGACUGAAGGCCAGACGGAGGGUGGCGGGGUCUCGGUGUAUAGUUCGGAGGAUUUGGCGACGUGGGAGCCUCAUGGGUUGGCUUUGAAACCGAUUGAGGGACAUCCGUACAUCUCCCCUGAGCACAUCAUCCAGCGUCCGAAGGUGGUCUACAGUGAGGAGUCGAAUAAAUAUCUUAUGUGGUGGCAUGCAGAUAAUUCCACUUACGGCUGGCUAUUGCAAGGAUUCGCAACUUCCGACAACAUCACUGGGCCGUAUACUUUUGUUGAUGCCACGGCACCGCUGGGCAACUGGUCGCAGGAUUUUGGACUCUUCACCGACUACAAGGAUGGCCGCUCCUAUGCGCUCUACUCGAACGGCGACAGCAAGUACGGACGCGACGUCUACCUUACCGCGUACAACAAGAACGUCAGCGCGCUGGAGGAGGUCGUCUACCGAUUCCCAAAGUUUGACCUGGAGGCGCCGACCAUUAUCCAGACGGAGAAGAGUUACUGGGCGUUAAUGAGCCACAAAACUGGCUACCGGCCGAACAACGUCGUUGCGUUCCGCGCCGACUCACUCAGUGGUCCCUGGUCCCAGCCGUUUAUGGUUGCGCCUCUGAACACACGCACGUUCAACUCGCAGUCUGGCUUUUCUCUCCGGAUCAAGGGGACGAAGAAGACGACAUACCUGUACAUUGGCGAUCAGUGGGACUCCAACUCCCUCUGGGAAAGCCGGUACAUCUGGCUUCCUAUGGAUAUUGAUGAGAACAAGAAGACGCUCGACCUUGUCUGGAACGACGUCUAUGAUCUCAACGUGUAUGUAGUCAACCAAUUGAAUAAAGAAAUACUAACGGGACCAGCAAAACCGGGGAGUGGAAAGCCAUCCGCGGCAAGACAUACACUGCCAAAAAGGCCAAGACGAACGGCGAUGCGUAUAAACAGGAAGCUAAUCCAAACUAACGUUAUAGACACGGAUGAUAUGGGGUUCGGAGAUCAACGUAAGUUACCCAAUGGACCAGAAUCAGCAGCAACGCUAACAGUACCAGCGGGGGGCUCGCCCGAUCGCAUCGGUGGCUCAUGGCAGCUCCGUCGCAUCAGCAGCGUCGUGGUCAACGGGAAUACCUCGAACGUGGAGACCCUUUAUCAGAGGGAUACGCACAAGAGCAUCAUUCUCUCCACGCCGCUGCUGCUGACCCUCGAGAAGGGCUCGCAUAACACUAUUACCGUCGGAGGAUUGUACAAUGGAUUUGAUUACAAGGGGGCAGACCUGGAUAAGAUUGUGGUUUAUCCGCCUGAACCUUGA